ACCGUUUCUUUGUUUUUGAGAAUGAAACCGUUUCUUUGUUAGUAUUUAAUUUUUUUGGAAAUGAAAUCAUAAAAUAAUACAAAUAUUUCAAAACAUCUAAAAAAACUUUAUUUCGGUUUUCCUGAACGUAACUUUGCAUACCUCAAAUACGUUACCCAAUAUACCUGUACUUUUUGACUAGCUUAAGAUAAAAAAGAAUAAAAUAUUACUGUAACGUCCACUUUUUAAUCUCUAUCCUGAAUCAGAUACUUUGCCUCUUUUGACCCGGGCCAAAACCGCAGUUAUUCCCUCCCAAAACGUCGUCGUAUAACUUCUCUCCAUGCUCCCACCUCUCCACCUAGGAAAUAAAAUCCUCGGAAACAAACCAGUGGAACUAAGCGAGCGCCAUUUUACUAAUAUAAAACUACUCGCAACACAAACAAUCUCUCUCUCUCGCUCUCUCUCCCUGUCUCUCUCUUUCUCACAAACCCUAGAGCAUGGCUUCUAUGCUCAUUCCCACACCGCCUUCGUGUUCUACGUCGUCCUCGUCUUCUCUGUUCUCUCUCCGCCGCAGCGGCGCCUUCUUACCCAGCGACUUUCGCGCUCGAUUCGCCGUUAAAUGUGAGCUUGGGGAGUCAGAAUCAGCUAAUGGGAGACCGGUUGUGCCUAUUUUGAAUACUGAUGGCAUUCUUCCCAAGUUCUUGCCUACUAGGCGUCUAGAGAGUUCCAUUCCAGCUAAUUCCAGGCUCAAGAUUUUCUCCGGGACGGCUAAUCCUACUCUUGCUGAGGAAAUUGCGUGGUACAUGGGUGUCAAAUUGGGAAAAGUUGAUGUGAAGCGAUUUGCUGAUGGUGAAACUUAUGUUCAGCUUCAAGAGAGUGUAAGAGGAUGUGAUGUUUACUUGAUUCAGCCCACCUCACCCCCUGCAAAUGAGAAUCUUAUGGAACUCCAAGUAAUGAUUGAUGCUUGUCGAAGGGCGUCGGCCAAAAAUAUCACUGCAGUGAUUCCAUAUUUUGGAUAUGCCAGGGCUGAUAGAAAGACUCAAGGUCGUGAAUCUAUUGCUGCCAAGCUAGUAGCAAAUCUCAUAACCAUUGCUGGUGCUGAUCGUGUCAUCGCCUGUGACCUCCAUUCUGGGCAGUCCAUGGGUUAUUUUGAUAUCCCAGUGGACCAUGUAUAUUGUCAGCCUGUUAUUCUUGAUUAUCUUGCCAGCAAGACAAUAUCUUUUGAUGAUUUGGUUGUUGUGUCACCUGAUGUUGGAGGAGUUGCAAGAGCACGUGCCUUUGCCAAAAAGCUAUCUGAUGCCCCUCUAGCCAUUGUGGACAAAAGGCGUCAUGGGCACAAUAUUGCCGAGGUGAUGAAUUUGAUUGGUGAUGUUAAAGGAAAAGUUGCAGUAAUGUUAGAUGACAUGAUUGACACUGCUGGAACUAUUACUAAGGGUGCAGCUCUUUUGCAUGAAGAGGGUGCCAAGGAAGUCUAUGCGUGUUGCACGCAUGCUGUUUUCAGCCCUCCUGCAAUUGAUAGGUUGUCGAGUGGCCUAUUUCAAGAAGUCAUAGUAACCAAUACAAUUCCGAUUCCAGACAAGAACUACUUCCCACAGUUGACUGUUCUUUCAGUUGCGAAUCUCUUGGGAGAAACCAUUUGGCGUGUUCAUGAUGACUGCUCUGUCAGCAGUAUUUUCCAAUGAACAGAGGAUCAGUGACAGGGUCCCCAUCAACGUAUGGCAAGCGGAAUGUCAAAAUCAGAUGUUUCGGCAUUUUUUGCUCACAUAUCUCUAGGGUGACUUUCACAACAUAAUUGAAACUUUCAGUUUUCAGAAAAUACACAUAAUGACGAAAAAUGGCGACACAGUAGUGUCCAUUUACAUAUUUUCAUAAUAUAUGAACAUUAACAUAUAAGUUGUUUGGGAUUUUGGCUAGGGUUAAUUUGACACCCUUGAUAGUUUUUAGCAUGUGCCAAACAAUGGUGGUCAGUUAGAGUCAAAAAUUAUUUGCAAUCUCUUUUAUGAUGUAUUCUGCUGAACCAAUGUUUAGGCAUGGCAUGAAAUUAUGUCCCUAGAAA